CAUUCUCGGACUACUUGGGAAAAGAUUGAAGUUCACAUUACCAAGUACCACAAUCAAUUCUGUAACAUGACGAACAAAAUGAGUGCAGUGUUUGUGAUGGGAUUUGUCUUCUUAAGCCUUAUCUCAAUUACAUCUGCUAUCUCUGGAACUGCAACUAACUACAAAGUUUACAAACCUUCUGCAUGCUACGGCAAUCAAGACGAGGGAACGAUGAUAGCUGCUGCAAGCGACGCAAUGUAUGCGAACGGGGCUGCAUGUGGCCAAAUGUAUAAGAUCUCGUGCACAGGUGCCACCAACCAAGGUGUGCCUCAGCCAUGUAAGGGUGGCAGUGUUACUGUGAAGAUUGUUGAUCGUUGUCCUUCCCCAGGUUGCCAAGCCACCAUUGAUCUCUCUCAAGAAGCUUUCUCUGCAAUCGCUGACCUCAAUGCUGGAAAAAUUCAAAUUGAAUACAACAGGGUGUAACACUCCUUCAAGAUCGAGAUCAAUAAACGUGCAAUUGCAGGAAUUGACAUUAUCACCGAAU